AUGCCACCCGUCAACUGUGGGCUCUGCUCUAGAUUUGUUGCAACUGAGGAAUUAUGUAGAUUAUGUGCUAUUGCUACCCAUGGAUUUCAUCCUGCGUGUCUGUUGAAACAGUUACGUGUUGAUACUCUUCCGGAUUUGAAAGUCAUUAACUGUUUUGCGUGCGCUAAAAAUGCUGGCUUUACUUAUCAGACGCCGAGUGCCGCAAUUCCUACGUCAUCCGAUAGUACAACGAAUAUUUGUGCGCAACUUGCUUCACUUAGUACUCUUGUGUCUAAUUUAACCUCAAAAAUUGACGGCAUGGAUGUUGCUAUGCGGGAUGUCUCGCACAUUAAGAACAAACUAGCUGAUCUAGAUGAACUUAAGGUUGAUAUCCGUGGGUGUCUCAACAAGCUCAACUCCUUAACGGAUAAAAUUACUGCAGUUGAAGAGACCACUGCAAAUUUAACACGUGAACAAGGGGCGCUAGUGGAUCGCUUGGAAGCUUUUGAGACUCGUUGCUCUGAACAGGAUAAAGUAAUUAAUGAUAGAAUGCAUUCUUUGGAAACCCGGUUCUCUAAGCAUCCAGACACUGCCUCGGAUAUCUCGAAUGUCGUUCUGCCUCUUACUGCGCGUAUCCGUACUCUCGAAUAUGAAAAAUAUUGCAGAAAUCUUGUCAUUUCUGGUUUGCCUGAAAUGAGUAAUCUUAGUGACCGCGACUCUGUGUUGUUGUUAUUUGCGACUCUAAAUGUCACUGUCGAUAGUACACAGAUCACUGAACUCUCACAAUCAUGGCUCAAGCCGCACAUUGACGACAGCGCUGUUAGUCUGCCAGGAUUUCGUCUCUUUCGUUGUGAUAGAAUUGGCAAGCAAGGUGGUGGAGUUUGUAUCUUCGUUCGUGACCUGAUUUCUGCAAAAAUUAUCACUUCAUCAGCUUCAUCAACUUAUACUCCGCAUCCUGAAUUCUUAUUCAUCGAAGUAUCGAGACCUGAGUCUGCCAAGCUUUUGCUACAAUUUGCAUCUAGUACCGUUCUGUGCUGGCAAGAGCUAAAAAAACUCGGUGUAGUAUCUAGUUCUAAGAAAUCAUGUGCUAUUACGUCGUCGCCUGACGAGCUUAAUGACUUCUUCUGUUCAGCAUUCAGUUCGGACUCUCCUGAGCCUCCUGAGGUAUUAAGUAGGAACAUGUGCUUUGAUGACUCAAAGUUUUAUUUCAAGCAUGUCACCCCCGAGUGUCUUUUACCUCAUAUGAGAUUCACCGACUCGCAUGUUUCUGGCUCUGAUAACUUCCCUGCGCUCUUCUUGAAGCACUGUGCGCUAUCUCUCUUUCCAAUAUUGUUGGAUCUUUUUAACUCCUCGCUUUCUACGUCUACAUUUCCAAUGGCUUGGAAGAGCUCUAUUAUUGUUCCUGUGCCGAAGAAGCCCAAUCCAUCAGAGUGUAAUGACUUCAGGCCGAUCUCGCUCCUUUGCGAAUUUUCAAAGUUGCUGGAACGCAUAGUUCGUAAGGACAUGUUAGAUUAUCUCAAGCGCUGCGGGUACCUUGAUCAAUCACAGUUUGGUUUCGUCUCAGGCGGAUCUACGCAGAAUGCUCUCAUCAGGCUCACUGACGAUGUUCGCCGGGCCAUUGACGAUCGAAUGGUCACUGUGCUGGUGCUUUUCGACUUCUCAAAGGCCUUUGACACGGUGCAUCAUGCUUUGCUGAUAAAUAAGCUUGCACUCUUAAAUUUUUCCGGAUCUACCUUAAAUUGGUUCUGGUCAUAUCUGACUGGUCGUAAGCAGACUGUCCGCACCUCUGAUGGCACUUCAAAGUGGUCAGCUGUCUCUUCGGGGGUCCCCCAGGGUUCAGUUUUGGGUCCAACGCUUUUCUCUCUCUAUAUUGCAGAUAUUGACCAACAAAUCCAAAACUGCUCUAUAAUUAAAUAUGCCGAUGACCUCCAAAUCUAUACUCACUGUGCUCCGACCGCUGUGAAUCUCUUUAUUGCGAAGGUCAACGAAGACAUCAUGCGUAUUUGUGAAUGGUCUAAAGAGAACAAACUUCGGUUGAACCCGUCUAAGACCAAAGCUAUGAUACUUGGUUCUUCCAGGUAUGUCAAUGCCCUUAGAUUCGAGGAUAUUCGAGAUAUUGUCGUCGAUGGCUCCAUUAUACCGUUCGCCAACUCGGCCAAGAACUUAGGAAUUAUUAUAUCUCCGACACUUAAUUGGCAACAGCAUGUCACUAGCAUCUGUAAUAGGGCAUAUAAGACCCUCUACCAAUUAAGAGCCAACGGACAGUUUUUAGACAUUACCACCGAGGAAAACAUUAGAUUGCAGCGAAUCUUAAACGCCUGCGUUCGUUUUAUUCUAGGGAUCCGUAAAUACGAGCACAUUACCCCGCAUCUACGUACCCUAAAAUGGCUCAGUGUCUCUCAGCGGCGGCAAUACUUUCUCGGUAUCGUCAUUCGUCAGGCUGUUUAUAUCUCGAUGCCUACUUUUAUCUCUUGUCAACUCGAGACCAUCUCAUCUAGACCAUCCUCUGGACCUGUAACACGGUCACAUCCUACUGACCUGAUUUACCCUCGUUGUCGCACCUCUGCUUUCCAAAAUUCGGUUUUAAUAUCGGGUGUUAAAUUUUGGAAUUCACUGCCGGGUACUAUUCGUGAUAAACCUACUCUACCUACUUUUAAGUCUGCGUUGCAUGCCUUUCUUCUUAGUUUGUAACUUAGCUUUAAUUCUUAUCCGCCAUACCGUUACUAGUUUAGGCACUGUUUUUGUUUUUGUUAUAUUUUA